UUGUCGAAAAAAAAACACAGACGCACACGCACAAGCAGGAGUACAGGAGACAGUAGAGGUUGCUACGAUGGACGUGGGACGCAUGCAUGCCAGGAGGCUUCUGUCGCACGCCGCGGCGACGCCGGCGGUGGCGGUGGCGUCGCCCGGCCCGUCGGGGCAGACGCCGCCCUCGAGCCCCUUCGGCUCCGUGGACGCGACGGUGAUCUCGAUCCUGUCGCUGCUCCUCUGCGUCCUCGUCGUGGCGCUCGUGGUCCGCGCGUUCGUCCAGUGCGCGUGCCGCGUCACGCGGCGCGUGUGCUACGGCCCGGCGGAGGCCCCCGGCGACGCCGAGGCCGAUGGCCUGGAGAGGGCCGCGCUGCACGCCGGAGCCGGCGCCGGCGGCAAGAAGAAGCGGGCGGGCAAGGGCGCCGCCAUCCGGGCGAUCCCGACGAUGGAGUACUCGGCGGGGAUCGAGCUCGCCGUGUGCUGCUCCACCGAGUGCGCCAUCUGCCUCGCCGACCUGAAGCAGGGCGAGCGCGUACGCGUGCUGCCGCGCUGCCACCACGGCUUCCAUGUCCGGUGCAUUGACCGAUGGCUCUCCGCGCGCCAGACGUGCCCCACCUGCAGGCAAGAGCCGUUCGCGCCGCAGGCCCGACCCGAGGAGCCGGCGGCCGUGCAGGUGCACGUGGACGCUGCACAGCUCGAGACGAUCUAGACAACCUAGCCACAUGUGUGUGAAAAAUCGUUCGAGGAAAUUGUACAGUACUAGUGAAACGGUGGGAAAAAAAUAUAUGAAUAGUGAACAAUUUUGCAGCUCUGUUGUCGUCUUUUUUUAAAAAAAAAAUUGUUGCAGCUCUGUU